AUGUCGAUGGCUUUGCUUUUGUCCUCGCCGUCGAUAACUUGUCCUCACCGGGGCUUGGGAUCUUCUACUUCUCGUCGUCUUCGAGUUUCGUGUGUUACCACGAACCCUGCCAGGAAUAAAAAUGAAACAGGCAAUCAUUUUAGACCCAUCAAAGAAGUAAAUAACCAAAUAACACACACAAUAUCACAAGAGAAGCUUGAGAUCUUCAAAUCAAUGGAGAAUUGGGCAGAACACAAACUACUACCUUAUCUCAAACCAGUGGAAGAGUCAUGGCAACCACAAGAUUUUCUGCCGGAGCCGGAGACCGACGACGAAUUCUACGACCAAGUCAAAGAGAUGAGAGAAAGAGCAAAGGACAUACCUGAUGAUUACUUUGUGGUUCUUGUCGGAGAUAUGAUAACAGAAGAAGCACUUCCAACAUAUCAAACGACGUUAAACACACUUGACGGCGUUAAGGACGAAACCGGUGGUAGUUUAUCUCCCUGGGCGGUUUGGAUUAGAGCUUGGACAGCUGAGGAAAACCGUCACGGUGAUUUGCUCAAUAAAUAUCUUUAUCUAAGUGGUCGUGUUGAUAUGCGACAUGUUGAGAAGACUAUUCAAUACCUCAUUGGUUCUGGUAUGGAUUCAAAAUUUGAGAACGAUCCUUACAACGGAUUCAUCUACACUUCCUUCCAAGAGCGAGCGACUUUCAUUUCUCACGGCAACACGGCGAGGCUAGCCACAACCUACGGCGACGCAACCCUCGCGAAGAUCUGCGGCACGAUCGCCGCCGACGAGAAGCGACACGAGACGGCUUACACGAAGAUCGUGGAGAAGCUAUUCGAGAUCGACCCCGACGGGUCAGUUCAGGCGCUGGCGAGCAUGAUGAAGAAGAGGAUCACUAUGCCAGCUCAUCUCAUGCACGACGGAAGAGAUAACGAUCUGUUUGAUCAUUACGCGGCUGUGGCGCAGCGAAUCGGAGUUUACACGGCGGCUGAUUACGCUGGGAUCCUAGAGUUUCUGUUGCGGCGGUGGAAGGUGGAGAGUUUGGGGUCAGGGCUAUCAGGGGAAGGAAGGAGAGCACAGGAUUAUCUGUGCACCUUGCCGCAGAGGAUCAAGAGGUUAGAGGAAAGAGCCAACGACAGAGUCAAACUUCAGUCAAAGUCAAAACCCUCUGUUUCUUUCAGCUGGGUUUUCGGUAGAGAUGUACAACUAUAG